AUGAGUGCGAAAGGCCUCCUAGCUGGCGCUGCUGCUGCUGCCGCCGGCUCGGUCGCUGCUUCUGCCGCCGGCUCGGUCGCCAGCUCUGCCACCGGCUCUGAGGAUGCGGCUGCCGCUGCGGAGGCCAGCGCCGUGCGGCCGGCGGCGGCGCCCCCUCCGGCCGGACCGGCCGCACUCGGCAACCCAGUGGCGCUGACGUCCUUCUCCAAGCUGGUCUCCGCCAGGAGGAAACUGAAACAGGAGGCGCCCAGCCUGCCGCUGCGCCGCCAGGAGCUGGACGGCCGCAGCGAGUACCUGCUGCGCUGCCUCUCCACCUGUACCGGACUCGGCUGGCAUGAGCUGCUCGAUAUCGUCUACGAGGAGAAAAUGCUGUCUCGUCUGGAGGUGCUGUUCAUGGUGAACGGCCCUCAGCGCCUGCUGUGGUUCUGCCAGCCGCCUCACGCGCCGCCCGGACCGCCGCCACCGGACCAGCGAUCCGGCUCUCGGGCGGUGCGCGGCGCGGCCCACUCCAGUCGUCAGAACACCCUGCUGUUGACUGACGGCGUCUCGGUACCUCUCCGGGGCAUAGCCACCGCCAUGACACGCAACUCGAACCAGCGCGCCAUCACCGACGACAACGCACACAAGGAGGUGCUGUUCUGUACGCUGCCCGGCCGCGGCGACAGCCUGCUGCAGGCGGCCGAGCGUCUGCUCCGACUGGUGUUCAUCCCCGUCAUCAGCCGACACCCGACCGAGCUGGACGGGACGCCGGCGGGCCGCGCGUGCCGCCACCAGCUGCUGCUGGCCCUCUGUACCACCGCAUCGAUAUUCCACGUGACGGAGAGCAGCAUCAGACAGCAGGUGGUGUUUGAAGACAUCCCGCUAGACCUGUCCUUUAGCACACCGGCAGAGGCCAUGGCGCUCUAUAAGGACAAGUACAAGCUGAUUGUCAUGGAGCAGUACGUCAACAUAUGGGUCCGACAAAUCGAGGAGGUACUGAUGCAGAGUGAACUGCUGCGUAAGGAGGGCAACGAGACGGGGCCACACAAGGAGCUCGAGUACUGGAAGGUCCGCUCGUCCGUCAUCGAUUCCAUCAUCGAGCAGCUCAAGCUGCACAAGGUAAAGACGGCCGUAUUCUGUCUCCAAAUGAACCACUACCCGAUCAUCAAGCUGUGGCGUCGGACGGACCGGCGCAUCACGGACGCCUUCAAUGAGGCCCGGGACAACAUUCGCUUCAUCUACUGCAUCGAGAAGCACCUGCACCCGCUGACGCUCGGCUCGCCGCCGGAGAUGGUCGGUAGUAUCGCCGGCCUGUUCAACGCCGUGAGAAUGAUCCACAGCGUGUCACACUACUACAACUCCUCAGAGAGGAUGUCUGCUCUGCUCAUCAAGGUGACAAACCAGAUGAUCGUGUCCUGUAUGGACUACAUCAGUGACCGGGGCCGGUACACCAUCUGGAACCAGCCCGAGGAGGACGUUCGCUCCAAGAUUCGGGACUGCAUCUCACUGAGGGACCAUUACCACGCCGGUUUGGAGCGUGCCGAGACAACCCUGGAGAACGUUGGUGACCGUCCGUUUGAGUUCAGCAAGGUCUACAUCUUCGGCAAGUUCGACGCCUUCUGCUCUCGGCUGACCAUGAUCACCAACCUGUUUGAUUCAAUACAGGUCUACUCGCGACUCUUCAACUCACGAAUCGAAGGUGAGAAAACGCUCCAAUUAUAUAACUCAUUUCAACUAGUUCCGUUUCAAAGAUACGCAUGUUAA